CCAUGUAACACGUCGCAUGCAGAUGACGUAAUAAUCGAGAAUUUUCACGAAGGAAAAGGUUGCUUGCAAAACAAUUGCGUCAGAAACUUGCGCAUUUCUGUCCAGGAAGGUGAAGGAAAGUGUUUCUCCUCCUAGCUUAAAUUAAAAACAGACCAACAUGUUUGUGGCGAGGCUGGCGUGCCUAAAGACUCUCCCGCUCGUCGGGCUCCGUCCUGUUCUGACCCAAAGCUCUUCCGUCUUGAGGGCACCCACAUGGAAGGCCUGUCCACCCCUUCUCAUGCCGCAGCAGGGUUUUUCCUCAAGAGCAAGAUUUGGAUUCCGCCGUGUGAAAUCUGCGCGGGAUCAAAUCAAAGAGGCUGCUUUUGAGCCAGCAACAGAUACAGCCAUCAAAAUUGACAGCAUGGGGAGGAUGAUUCUUGCAGGAGGUGCAGCAGUAGGUCUUGGAGCUUUGUGCUAUUAUGGACUGGGCAUGUCCAAUGAAAUUGGUGCCCUUGAGAAGUCAAUGAUCUGGCCUCAGUACGUGAAGGACAGAAUCCACUCCACCUACAUGUACUUUGCAGGCAGCGUUGGUCUAACGGCUCUGUCAGCAGUCGCUGUGAGCAGGACACCAGCGCUACUGGGUCUAAUGAUGAGAGGAUCGUGGAUUGCUAUUGGAGCAACUUUUGCCGCAAUGAUUGGUGCAGGAAUGUUGGUUCGGUCCAUUUCAUAUGAGCACAGCCCGAUGCCCAAACACCUCGCUUGGAUGCUCCAUGCAGGUGUGAUGGGUGCUGUCAUCGCUCCACUGACCCUCCUCGGAGGGCCUCUGAUGAUGAGGGCUGCCUGGUAUACAGCUGGCAUUGUGGGAGGACUCUCCACUGUAGCCAUGUGUGCCCCCAGUGAGAAGUUCCUCAGCAUGGGAGGACCGCUGGCCGUUGGCUUUGGGGUGGUGUUUGCCUCAUCUCUGGGGUCGAUGUUCCUCCCACCCACCUCUGCGUUUGGAGCAGGCCUGUAUUCCGUCGCCGUCUACGGCGGCCUGGUCCUGUUCAGCAUGUUCCUCCUCUACGAUACACAGAAGGUUAUCAAGAGGGCAGAGACGCACCCGCUCUACGGCGUGCAGAAAUAUGACCCCAUCAACGCGUGCAUGGGGAUUUAUAUGGACACACUCAAUAUUUUCAUGAGGCUGGUGAUGAUUCUGGCUAACGGAGGAGGUGGUAAAAGGAAGUAAACUUCUGGAUGGCUUCGUUUUCUUUCCUCAUUUGAAUUCCUGUAAACAAGCAUUAAGUGUUAAAAUGUAGGUGCCAGUUUUCUAUAACUGGUAGAUGAUGAUGAAUGCUUUGGGGUUGAAUGGAAGUAGCACCAGUUAUGAAUGAGAAGGGCUUGAUUCUGGGAGUUCAAAGUUUCAUGGCAAUCGUCGUUUGGCUGAAUCUGUCAUGUUUCUUGACUGUUUUUUUUUUUUUAUUAUUUAUUGUCACCUGGUAUUGAAGUUGAGAGAAAUGGUUUGGUUACAACACAUAUGUCGACUCUACUAUAAUUUACAUUUUCACCAACUGGCUGGACUGUGUACAAGAAAAUUCACAGAUACUACAUUAAAAAAAAAAACUAACAGAUCAGUGAAUUUUUGGUUGAUUUAAUGGAAAAGAAAUGUGGUAAAUUCAAUUCUACGUUUAAUAAAAGAAUAAACUAUUCAAAAAUUA